CGACGAACGAACGACCUGAGUGACCGCAACCGCUGCCUGCCGGCCCCGACGAACCGCGCUGGAUCCGCGGUGCAAAUGCCAGCCGGAUGCGACCAUGCCUUGGCCGUGCGUGGCUCCGUUCCGUCAUCAUCAUCAUGAUUCCCGUCCCCGUCGUUGACAGUCUUCGGCUCCGGAUUCGGAUGAUAUGAAGACGACAACACUUCGCCUACACCCGGUACCUUCGCUUUCAGCCCUUUUCACAGGAGCAGUAGGUCGAAUCCUGAAAUAUGGCGGCCUACCGUUUGUCUCGGGCUCUGGAGGAGGACGACGGCCGGUGAUCGCAACAUCCGCGAGCGCUGUUGCAGCAGUAGCAGGAGCAGCAGCACCGUUCACCACCAGCACUCCAUCAUGGCUCAAAGCGUGGCAAAUGCCUCCCCGCCCUAAACUCCCCGAGGACGAGUUGGAAGAGGUCUACCUCAAGGGUAGUGGUCCUGGUGGACAAAAGAUUAACAAAACCAACAGCGCUGUUCAACUCCGGCAUAUCCCCACCAACAUCGUCAUCAAAUGCCAAGAAACGCGCUCGCGCACGCAAAACCGCAAGCUGGCCCGGGAGAUCCUCGCCGCCAAGGUCGAUUUGUUUCUCAACGGGGACAAGAGUCGCUUGGCGAUUGUGGGAAACGUCAAGAAGAAGAAGGCGGAUAGUAAGGCGAAGAAGGCGAGAAGAAAGUACAAAAAGCUGGAGGAGGAAAGGGCCAAGGGUGGUGUUGGUCAACAGCAGUUGGUGGAGGGGGCAGAGGGGGCAGAGGGGGGAGAGGUUGAGGGAGAAGAUGAAGGUGAAGAGCUGGAAGGAUACGAAGAAGAGGAGGUACAAGAAGGAAAAGAGGCUGAAAAGGGAGAAAAGGCUGAGAAGCGCGGAGGAAACAAUGCGGAUGGCGGUAGACACUAGACAGUAAGAAUACCUACCCAUUGUGUCAGCGAAAAGCCAUCUGUGGUUUCUGCCACUGGUUUGCAAUCCUGGCCAUGUUUGAUCAUAAGGAAACGGCUGCUUGUUACUCGGUUCCUGAAGCGGUGAGGAUCGCUUAGUUGGAUUCGGUAGGUAUGGCCGCCUCCCCUUCAAGUCAAU